CUGCGUUCAAACUGAAAGCCUUUGUGCACAACUUGGAAUUAUUGAUCAGUUCAGAAUUUUUUGUUUGUUUGGCUGUUCACAUUCAUUUUUAAAUGUGACUCGGAUUCCAGUGUGAACACUAACAAAGACGUCACACAGAGAAUUCUGAUGUACAAAAGUAAAAAUGGCCACUGAUGUCAUAGUUCCCAAUUUCUUUAAGUCGGUGUACAGUGGAAGCCGGCGAAUUUGUGAGCAGCUGAUAACGAGGACGAGGAUGAGGAAAAAGAGAAGCAAAUUUUUAAAUGUGACUUUUUGUGGAGCAGUGGCUGCUACAUCUGUACGGAAGUGUUUGCAGAUGUGGAGUCAGAGCCAGGAGUGGUGGAAUUGUGAUGUGAAUGGCUUCACAGAUACAGAUUUCCUCCAAAAUUUCAGUAUUUCAAGGGAUACUUUAAACUACAUCUGUCAGCGCCUCUCCACCAGAUUCUCACGGCAAGACGCUCAGUUCAGGCGACCCAUCUCCAUGAGAAAAGAGAGAGCAGAGUCUCCAGUGUCCAGCUGUCUGUCUAUGAAGAGUGACUUUUCCAAAGACAAACCUCCAGACUUCAGUAAUGAACCUGGACCAUCAGACAUAAAAGAGAGAGCAGAGUCUCCAGUGUCCGUGUCAGAGUCUAUGAAGAGUGACUUUUCCAAAGACAAACCUCCAGACUUCAGUUAUGAACCUGGACCCUCAGACAUAAGUCACAAAGAGAGAGCAGAGUCUCCAGUGUCCGUGUCAGAGUCUAUGAAGAGUGACUUUUCCAAAGACAAACCUCCAGACUUCAGUUAUGAACCUGGACCCUCAGACAUAAGUCACAAAGAGAGAGCAGAGUCUCCAGUGUCCGUGUCAGAGUCUAUGAAGAGUGACUUUUCCAAAGACAAACCUCCAGACUUCAGUUAUGAACCUGGACCCUCAGACAUAAGUCACAAAGAGAGAGCAGAGUCUCCAGUGUCUGUGUCAGAGUCUAUGAAGAGUGACUUUUCCAAAGACAAACCUCCAGACUUCAGUAAUGAACCUGGACCCUCAGACAUAAGUCACAAAGAGAGAGCAGAGUCUCCAGUGUCCGUGUCAGAGUCUAUGAAGAGUGACUUUUCCAAAGACAAACCUCCAGACUUCAGUUAUGAACCUGGACCCUCAGACAUAAGUCACAAAGAGAGAGCAGAGUCUCCAGUGUCUGUGUCAGAGUCUAUGAAGAGUGACUUUUCCAAAGACAAACCUCCAGACUUCAGUUAUGAACCUGGACCCUCAGACAUAAGUCACAAAGAGAGAGCAGAGUCUCCAGUGUCCGUGUCAGAGUCUAUGAAGAGUGACUUUUCCAAAGACAAACCUCCAGACUUCAGUUAUGAACCUGGACCCUCAGACAUAAGUCACAAAGAGAGAGCAGAGUCUCCAGUGUCCGUGUCAGAGUCUAUGAAGAGUGACUUUUCCAAAGACAAACCUCCAGACUUCAGUUAUGAACCUGGACCCUCAGACAUAAGUCACAAAGAGAGAGCAGAGUCUCCAGUGUCUGUGUCAGAGUCUAUGAAGAGUGACUUUUCCAAAGACAAACCUCCAGACUUCAGUAAUGAACCUGGACCCUCAGACAUAAGUCACAAAGAGAGAGCAGAGUCUCCAGUGUCCGUGUCAGAGUCUAUGAAGAGUGACUUUUCCAAAGACAAACCUCCAGACUUCAGUAAUGAACCUGGACCCUCAGACACAGAGAGUCUAAUAGAGAGGAAGACCAGUGGUGUUUCUGUGGAGGAGCAGCUAUCCGGCUGUGCUUUGUGUCAGGACAUCCUGAAGGAUCCGGUCUCUACUUGCUUACUUGAGUGGGACCAGUCUGCUUCAUCAGGAGUCUCCUCUCUUCAGUGUGAAGAAAUAUACAGAACAACCUGUCAGACCAGCACUCUACAAAAUAGUGGUCUGCAGGAUAUUUUAGAUGAACAUAAGAUCAGUCUGAAGAAGAGAUGUGAAUGUGUGACUGAAGGAACUGAUGAAACAGGAAGUGGAACCCUCCUCAACAGGAUCUACACUGAGCUCUACAUCACAGAGGGACAGAGUGAAGAGGUUAAUACCCAACAUGAGGUGAGACAGCUUGAGACAGCUUCCAAGAUGGAGACCCUCCAUGAGACUCCAAUCAAGUGCCACGACAUCUUUAAAGCCUUACCUGACCAACAAAGAGACAUCAGAGUCGUUCUGACGAACGGCGUCGCUGGCGUUGGAAAAACCUUCUCAGUGCAGAAGUUCACUCUGGACUGGGCAGAGGGCUUGGAAAACCAAGAUGUCAGUCUGGUGGUUCUGCUUUCGUUCAGGGAGCUGAACCUGAUCAAAGAUGAGCGGUACAGUCUUCUCAGGCUGCUCCAUGUUUUCCAUCCAACAUUACAGAAGGUCACAGCAGAGCAGCUCGCUGUCUGUAAACUUUUGUUCAUCUUUGACGGCCUGGAUGAAAGCAGACUUUCACUGGAUUUCCACAACAAUGAGGUUGUGUUUGACGUCACACAGAAGUCUUCAGUCAACGUGCUGUUGACAAACCUCAUCAAGGGGAAUCUGCUUCCCUCGGCUCUCGUCUGGAUAACUUCCAGACCUGCAGCAGCCAAUCAGAUCCCUCCAGAAUGUGUUGAUAGGAUAACAGAAGUACGAGGCUUCACUGACGCCCAGAAGGAGGAGUACUUCAGGAGGAGAUUCAGUGAUGAAGAUCUGUCCAACAGGAUCAUCUCACACAUCAAGACCUCCAGGAGCCUCCACAUCAUGUGUCUAAUCCCAGUCUUCUGCUGGAUCACUUCUGCAGUUCUGGACCACAUGUUGACUACAGACCAGAGAGGAGAGCUGCCCAAGACCCUGACUGACAUGUAUUCACACUUCCUGCUGGUUCAGACAAAGAGGAAGAAGCAGAAGUAUGAUGAGGGUCAUGAGACAAGUCCACAGGAGCUGAUGGAGGCUGACAGGAAGGUUAUUCUGAAGCUGGGGAGGCUGGCGUUUAAACAUCUGGAGAAAGGAAACAUCAUGUUCUACCAAGAAGACCUGGAGCAAUGUGGUCUUGAUGUCUCAGAGGCCUCGGUGUACUCAGGAGUUUGUACAGAGAUCUUCAAAAGAGAGAGUGUGAUCUUCCAGAAAACAGUCUACUGCUUUGUUCAUCUGAGCAUUCAGGAGUUUCUGGCUGCAGUCUACAUGUUCCACUGUUACACCAACAGGAACACAAAGGUACUGAAGGGUUUUUUGGGGAAAGACUGGAACUAUGACAUGAAUGAUGCCAAUGAAUACCCAUCCCUGGAUGUCGUCUUGAAGGGAGCCAUGGCGAAAUCCCUUAAAAGCAAAACCGGCCGCCUGGACCUGUUUGUCCGCUUCCUCCACGGCCUCUCUCUGGAGUCCAACCAGGGACUUUUAGGAGGCCUGCUGGGUCAGACAGACAACAGUCCAGAAAUCAUCCAGAGAGCCAUCGACAACCUUAAAAAGAAGAAAACCGAUAUCUCUCCUGACAGAAGCAUCAAUAUCUUCUACUGUCUGAUGGAGAUGAAUGACCACUCAGUCCAUCAGGAGAUGCAAGAGUUCCUGAAGUCAGAGAACAGAUCAGAGAAGGCACUCUCUGCAAUCCACUGCUCAGCUCUGUCCUACAUGCUGCAGAUGUCAGAGGAGGUUCUGGAUGAGUUGGACCUGGAGAAGUACAACACAACAUCAGAGGGAAGACAGAGACUGAUUCCAGCUGUGAGGAACUGCAGAAAGGCUGUACUUUCUGGCUGUGGACUCUCAGAGACUCACUGUGAAGUUGUGGCCUCGGCUCUGAAGUCCAACCCCUCCCAUCUGAUAGAGCUGGACCUGAGUAACAACUACCUGCGGGAUUCAGGAGUGAAGCUGCUGUCUGCUGGACUGGAGUGUCCAAACUGUAGACUGAAGACUCUGAGAUUGAGCUCCUGCAAUUUGUCAGCAACCAGCUGUGAUUACCUGGCCUCAGCUCUGAAGACCAACCCCUCCCAUUUGAGAGAGCUGGAGCUGACAAAUAACAAAAACAUGCAGGAUUCAGGAGUAAAGUUGCUGUGUGGUUUUCUGGAGAGUCCACACUGUAGACUGGAGACAUUAAGAUUGUGGGGCUGCAGGUUGUCGGAGAGCAGCUGUGCCUCUCUGGGCUCAGCUCUGAAGUCCAACCCCUCCCAUCUGAGAGAGCUGCAGCUGAGUAACAAUGACGAGCUGCAGGAUUCAGGAGUGAAGCUGCUGUGUGGUUUCCUGGAGAGUCCACACUGUAGACUGGAGAUUCUGCGACUGAGUGACUGCAGGUUGUCAGAGGUCAGCUGUGGUUCUCUGGCGUCAGCGCUGAAGUCCAACCCCUCCCAUCUGAGAGAGCUGGAGCUGUGGGGAAAUGACCUGAAGGAUUCAGGAGUGAAGCUGCUGUGUGGUUUUCUGGAGAGUCUACACUGUAAACUGGGAGCUCUGAGAUUGAGUUGGUGCAGUUUGUCAGAGAUCAGCUGUGAUUAUCUGGCCUCAGCUCUGAAGUCCAACCCCUCCCAUCUGACAGAGCUGGACCUGAGUAACAACAAGCUGCAUGAUUCAGGAGUUGAGCUGCUGUGUGAUAUCCUGGAGAGUCCAGACUGUAGACUGGAGACUCUGGGGUUGAGGGGCUGCCGGUUGACAGAGAUCAGCUGUGCCUCUCUGUUCUCAGUGCUGCAGUCCAACCCCUCCCAUCUGAGAGAGCUGGACCUGAGUGACAACAAGCUGCAGGAUUCAGGAGUGAAGCUGCUCUCUUAUCAUAAAGAGAGUCCACACUACAGACUGGACACUCUGAGCAUCGAUGCAGCUGAGAAAUCAUUGGAGGUCAAACCGAAAGAAAACCUGCCAGAGGACAAUGAAAAGACUCCUUCACCCUUCUCACCUGUAGUGAUACCAAAAAAUUAUGGAUCUGAGUACAGGUUCAUGUGUCCUGCUCCAGGCCUGUACCAGUGCACUGUGACUGGACUGGUGUUCGGUAUGGCUCAGAAGGCGGAGCUGCGCUACCGGACUGUCCUAUGGGACGAAAGCCAACUCAAAUCAGCUUGCAAGAUGGCUGCAGGGCCGCUGUUCAACAUCCAGUGCUCUGACGAUGCUGUCCGCCAGCUCCGCCUCCCACACUGUGAAACAAAGGAAGGGUUGCUUCUCCGUGGCCUGUUGUCGGUUGUCCACGUCACUGAUGAUGGGAUGAGCAUCUUGGAGCCGCUGGAGAUUACAGACACGCAUGUGGUUGUGAAGAUCCCUCACCUGUCCGCCUUCGGCCUGGUCUGGGAUAUUAUUAAACGGCUUCUUUUCACACAAAUAAACGGACAGGUCCUGCUGUUCCUUCGACCCCAGUACAUCAACUCGGGGCAUCAAAUACUCGAUGUGUUUGUGCUGCCGGACACCAUCCCUGUGCGUGAGGUUGCAGACCAACAAAAAGAUGCUGAGUACAUCAGGAUCUCUGCCGACUGUCAUGUCAGGAUUGAUGAAACUUACAGUGUCCACUGUGAACCUGAGGCCUUCAUCAUACAGCCUGAGAGUGCACCAUUUCGCUCAAAGCCUGGACCGAAUUACCAUCCAACAUUUGAAGUUUUCCUGACUAUAGACGUGGGGAAAGUGACUUUGACGGUCUGUGACAAAAACAGGACAGAAGUCUGGAAACGUAAUGUGUAUCUGAAAGGUCCAAUUUGGGAACUUCAGCAGAGGAAUCUCCCGGCUGAGGACAGGCUGCUCUCAAUCAGGAGUCAGUUCGUUAAAAGAGUGUCUGAACCGGUCCUGCACCAACUUCUGGAUAAACUUCUUGAGUGUCGCAUUAUAAAUGAUGAAGAAAAGCAGUCGGUCACAAAAAAAGUAAAAGCAGACAAAGCACGAGAUAUUAUUGACAUGGUGAGAAGCAAGGGAACGAAAGCCAGCUCGAGCUUUAUCCGUGCGCUCUGUCAGGAGGAUAAAUGCCUUUCCUCAGAGCUGAACUUAUGCUGAAGCAAAAGCAACUUACAACCUGGACUACACUGGAUGGUCGUUGAGCAGGAGAAGCAUUUUAUUAAGAGGUUGUGUCUGCAAACAUGAACUAAAACAGACAGAUGCUGAGACUGUUAUUAAAGAAACACAGACAGACAAUUUAAAUUGUCAUCAGACCUUUUAAAGCCAAAGAAGAACCAAUCAGCUGCUGAUCUUAAAGUUCUUGAUAAAGUUCUUAAAUAAGUAAUCACUGAACCACCGUACAUCUGUGUUACACCUUCCAAAAAAAUAAGGCAGAAAUUCCUUUGGACAUCAUCUGCUCGUCUUUACAUCCCAUUUUUUGUUUAGUCCUCAUACAAAGGAUCUGUGGUGUUUCUCCACUGUCAAAUGUCCCCUCGCUGCAGUGGCCCAGGGUUUGAAUUCGACCUGUGGGCCUUUGCUAAGUGUCACCCCCUCGCUCUCUACCCCGUUCCUGUCACUCUUCAGCUGUCACUUCUGUUAAUACUAGUGUGAAAUUCAGUUCAAUUUCAAUUAAGUGAAAUGAAUUUUAUUUUGAAAAAUGUGGACCAUGACUGUUCAACCAUCCAGAACACUUCAAAAAAGGUUUUCAACUCAUGGGAGCGUGCCAUGUCAUCUUUGUUUCAAUCUAAUCGCAUCUUUCCAUUGAUCUCCUAGAUACAGAUAAAUCUCCUUGAUUUAUCUGUAUUUAUCUCUGUAAAGGUCUGUUUGCUGUAUCACAUCAGUGGCACAAACAACGGUCGGAACAGCUUUCGUGUUUGAAGGGCCAGUGUGUAGGAUUUAGUGGCAUCUAGCGGUUGCAGAUCACAUCUCCCUCGCUUCACCCUGUGGAAGGCGACCAGCUGCUUCUGCAGAUAGAAACGUCUCAUUCUAAAGUGACAAAAACACAUUCUUAUUUUCAGUUGAUUAAACACUAAUGAAAACGCAGUUAUGCAGAUGUUAUUCCAUUCAUGCCGAUAGAUCCUCAUAAAUGUUACACACUGGACCUUUAAACUUCCGGCCUGUUUUAGUAAUAUGAAAUAAAAUGGUGCCCCAGUGGUUUUCAGUCUUUUAUGGGUUCAAACCUGCAUGUUUGGUAAGGUUUUUUUUUUCCAUGAACAUUAACAUUAUCGUGCUGCUGUAUUCUGGCUAUGUAUCUGGAUUUUUAUACAUUAUUUUUUAAUAAUGUAAUUAAAGUUACCAACUGUAGUACCCUA